UGAAAGCAUGGCUUGGUUUCGAGUGAACAUCAGUAACAGCACUUUGGAGAGCGCGCUCUUUGGGGAUGAGCCGCGAGAUGAGAGCUUGGCUCAGGUGGAAAUAAUUCUUUUGUCCAUCAUCUUCAUCACUGCGGGGAUCCUAAACUUCGGGCUCCUCAUGGUGCUGUGGAAGCGGAGGAAGCAGCUCUCCAGGAUGCGCGUCUUCGUUUUCCACCUGUGCCUCGCAGAUCUGGUGGUCACGUUCUUCCAAGUUUGUCCGCAACUCAUGUGGGACAUCACCGACAGAUUCGUCGGACCAGAUAUACUGUGUCGCGCUGUGAAGUACCUGCAGGUGGUCGGGAUGUUUGCCUCCACUUACAUGAUAGUAGUGAUGACAGUAGACAGAUAUCAAGCCAUCUGCAACCCCAUGGUGACUUUCCAGAGGCGCAGGGCGCGCUUGAACGGUCCGGUGUGCGCCGCCUGGUGCGUCUCUCUCAUCGGCAGCCUCCCGCAGAUUUUCAUCUUCUCUCGGGUCGAGGUCGCUCCCGGUGUGUACGACUGUUGGGCGCAGUUCAUCAAGCCGUGGGGACCGAAAGCCUACGUGACCUGGACGACUCUGGUGAUAUUCAUCCUGCCCAUUAUCACGGUUAUCGUGUGCCAGGUGCGCAUCUGCCGCACCGUGCGCAUCAACUUCCACAUGAAGACGCACCAUGUCGGAGAGGCGGUCAGUAAGCCGCUGUCCUCCAGGGCCAGCAGCGUGGCAGGAGUGUCCAAGGCGAGGGUGAAAACGGUGAAGAUGACCGUGGUCAUUGUGCUCGCCUACAUCAUCUGCUGGACGCCUUUCUUCACCGUGCAGCUCUGGUCUGUCUGGGACGUUGAGGCGCCCACUCAGACGGCAACCUUUACCAUCCUGAUGCUGCUGGCCAGUCUGAACAGCUGUGCGAACCCCUGCAUCUACCUGUUGUUCAGUGGGAAGCUGCCCAACAGACUGGUGGCCCUGAUGUGCAUGGGUCAGCCUGAUCUGAAGGAGUCCAUGCAGGAGGAGGCCACCAUGGUCAGCUCCCUGUACAUCAGCCUGAAGAGCCUGUCAGACAGUAGAUAAAAGCCUGACGUCUCACAGACACAUCUCUCACCUCAACCCAGCCUGUUGAACACGGUGUAAAAAUAUUGCUCCCUUAUGAGAAAGACUGAAGUAAGUGUGAGGACAGGCAUCACAGUACUACAAGUCCCUGUGGUAGCAGUAUAUUGUAGUGAGAGCACUCUAUAGAAAUGAACAAUUGCUUUCCUGUUGAAACUCACUACUGAGUACCACACACACUGCAAGUCAUUAUAGGGAUGUUACACUGAUGAGGUAUGAGAUGAUGGCCGUUAAGUCAUUAUUACAUAACCAGAACAGUACUUCUAAUGGAUUUCUAUAUUCUUUUUAGUGGUGUGGCUCAAGAGAUGGUGUCUUGUUGAUCCAUUGCUCCACCACUGUGGUCCAGACUGAAAUAUCUUGACAACUACUGGAUGACUUGCUAUGGAAUUCACAGACAUUCAUGGGCCCCAGAGGAUGAAUCCUAAUUACUAUGGUAAUUCCCGUGACUUUUCCUCUAUUGUCACCAUGAGGUUGACAUUUGUGAUACUGAUUAAUAUUGAUUGAGAGGGUUAUUGAAUGGACUGCCAUGAAAUCUGGCCAUUUAUGAUCCCCAGAGGAUGAACAGUUGGUGUCCUGGUAACUUUACCUCUAGCAUCAUCAUCAGUUCAGAAUUUGAAUCAGUGCAGUACACAUUUGUUUGUGACCAAAUUCUCACAGAACUAAUGACAUCAGCCUCCGCCGUGCUUUGUGUUUAGUGCUAAUCAGCGAAUGUUAGCAUGGUAACAAGCUAAACUAAGAUGUUGAACAUGGUAAAUAUGAUACACCAGCAUUUUACCAUUGCUAUCUGUGAGCAUGUUAGCUUGCUGACGUCAGCAUUUAGCACAAAGAACCAGUGUGCUUAUGUCUCAGAGAGUGGCUAGCGUGUCUGUCUACUCUAAAGAUGUAUUCACAUUGUUGCCAACAAACAGCUUAAGUGCACACCUCCCCAUUACUGUGAAUGCCAAUCAAUACAGAAAGUGCAGUGCAAGAUCGUUGUUUUUCAACUGCAUUGUGAAUACACCGUUAGUCUUAGUGUAAUUGUGGCGUACAAUGUGAUUCUUUAAAGUUGACAAAUGGAGCAAACUAUGGAAUCAACAGUACAAUAUGGAUCAGGUUAUUUUUGCCAGAAAGACAAAUAAGAAUCAUGAAAUGGACGCACCAUUUGUAUUAAAGAUUCUAUUUUCUAAUUCAUUGCAUGUAAAUUUGUUCAUCAAUGAGUUUAUGUAAGAGCUGAUCUUGCGAAAUGGAUGAAUAAUCCAUAAUUUUUCAAAAAUUAAUCUAUGGAGCUUUGUGUAGAAUGUGAAAGUGUCAAAUGUAAAUGCAUUUUAUCCUGUAAAUAUGUAAUGUAUCAUGUAUUCUUUGGAUGUGAUUGUUCAGUCUAGUUUACAUCUUAUCUGUAUGGUCAUAUUUAUGAUAAUGACAGAUAUUGGUUAGGUGUUGGUUAAAACAGUCUGUUAUGAGACAACAGGUGGGUCUGUGUUUGUUAAAUAUUAAGUAUCUUCAGAUAAGAUGCUCUGAUAAAUGUUGCAACAUGUUUACAUUUUUCAAAGACUUUUAUCUUAUCCUAAGGGGUGAUGAUU